AUGGCUUCUGUUUCCCUAAGCACUCGAGAUCUCAACAUUCUGGAGAAGAUCCAGGACCCCGAAUUUGACCCUUCCCAAGUGGUCCAGGUGGACGAGACCCUGCCCAAAGAUCCUCAUAUCACCGAUGUUACUGAAUAUGAGCGGAUCGCGACGGAAGAACGGCGGUUGAUAUUGACAGUCCAGCAAGCAGAGAUCCAGCUUGCUGGGCCGGGACCAAAGACCGGUCUUGAUUUCCUGAAGACGUAUGAAGAGUGCGUUGCUGGCUUGAGUGAGCUGGUGUCGACAAAUCCGUCAUACGCCAGCGCCAGGAACAACCGGGCACAGGCGACUCGUCGCCUACAUGGUGAUGGCAUGCUCGUGUCGGGUCUAGAACCAUCCGACAGUCCCCUUGUUGUUGAUUGUGACUCAGAUGAGAGACGGUCUGCGGCUCGACGAACACUUUGGGACCUUGACACCUGCAUCUCGCUCCUCACCCCGAGCGGCUCUUAUCCACGCUUGUCCCGGCAAGCAGCACGAACCUUGUCAUCAGCACACACACAGAGGGCGGCAAUCUACCACCAGACAUCGAAGAUGUUGGCCAAGGGCGGUGUGCUGAAUGUCGACCAGGAAAGGGCCGAGGCUGGCUGGGAGAAGAUAGAUUUCGAAGAGGCCGCUUCGCGGGACUUCGCUUUGGGCGGCAGAUAUGGCAACGAAGUGGCCAAAGGUCUUGCGGUCAGCACAAACCCCACGGCUAAGCUCUGCGGGCAGAUGGUGCGGGAGGCGAUGAAGAAAGAGUAUGGCCCAGCCUUCAGCGGAUGA